AUGCCGCCCAAGCAAGCCCGCAAAACAGUACCGGGCAGCGCACAGAAAAACAAAGCGCGCAAGACAGCCGCCGUGCCCGCCGCCGAGCCCACCACCGGCGACGAUGCAACACCAACCAAAGCACGCAAGACAAAAGGAGGGAAGUCAAAAGUCAGCAAGAGCCCCGCCAACGUCCAACCCGGAGACCCAACCCCCACAGGCCGCCGCCGCCGCUACAAGCCCGGCACCGUCGCAUUGAAAGAAAUCCGCCGCUACCAACGCUCCUACGAUCUGCUCAUCGCCAAACUGCCCUUUGCGCGCUUAGUGCGCGAAGUCGCACUCGACCUGCUCCCCGCCGAGGUCGGCGCCGAGUUGCGCUGGCAGUCGCAUGCCAUCCAAGCUCUCCAGGAGGCCGCGGAGGCGUUCCUGGUCCAUCUAUUCGAGGAUACGAAUCUGUGCGCGCUACACGCGAAGCGCGUGACUAUUAUGCAGAAGGAUAUCCAGCUUGCGCGGAGAAUUCGCGGCGUGUGGGCUGGGCUGGGUUGA